AUGAUCUCUCCCAAACCAUUUACCUUGUACUCCCUCCCCAAUGAGGUCUUCGUCCAAAUCCUCUCCUCAUUCCCUACACGCACUCUCCUCCCUCUCACCACCAUCUCGCAUCGCUUUCACUCCCUGAUCCUCCGCAUCCUGCACUAUCGACUCCUCUUCUCCGCCUCUCUAGAAGAAUACAAGCUGAUCCUUGAAUGCUUCCACCCGAGCUCGAAGCUGAUCGAGCCACACAUCUUCUGUAAACAUCUCGGUACAGAUGGCCUCAGCACUCGACAUGAAGGGACAGGGUCAAUGUAUGAAGAUUUCAACCCAGCACAGCGACUCGGUCGUCUCACGGCGUUAUAUUCGCGAUUUCGUCCCGAAGCGACAGUCAGAGAAAUAAUGAGUGGGACAAGACUGGUCCCUUCAAAUCCCGAACUAUCACCAGACCAGGAACGAGUAACAGUGACACGACCCGUACAUUUAGAAUCAUUCGAGGAUUUUUCGCAGCUUUGCGUCGUCGUGAACAUCUUCAAAGGUAUGCCCGGGGGUCAGAGUCAUCUUCUGAUGAGCGCGAACACAGUCCAAGAUGGGGUUGUGCGUGUAUUCCGGGACUGGCUGAAAGAGCACUCAUGCUCUCGCUGCGUGGAUACAUCUCAUGAUGACGACGAGGAUACGGAAGGCGAAUCUCAUCUCAAUACCAACGACCAGUGUCACAUGCUCUGGGUUGACCAGGACAGAAACGUAGGUCUGAAAGUCCGAGUCCGGAAGACGAACUAUCUGGAUGAGAGUAUCACCGAUCUUGUCCUUCCAGAUGAGGAAGUUCUAACGAGUUACGAAUUGGAUAUUGAAGAAUUGCAUGUUCGUACCACCCGGUUAUUGCUGACGAUGGAACGGUCAUUGGUGGAGCAGCAGCAUCAGCAGAACUAUACCAAAACAGUGAUGUUUACAAGAAGGCUUGACAGGCCCAUGAUAUCUAUGAUAUACGAUACACAAAAUCCUGUGGAUGAUAUACGUUAG